AUGAUUGGAUUAGUAGGAAUACUUGCAUUGUUGUCAUCAACAAGUGCACAAUUACCAACCAAUUUAUAUGUCAACUUUAUUCCAAAUCAAGUUGAAGAGACUUGUAAAGGUGAUACUGCAGUUGGCGUAGGAUACUCUUUUUCAAUCAACCAAUGUAUCGUUGUUGAAGAUAAAUCCUAUUAUUUCAUAGUAGAUGCUUUACGUGCUGGUUGGAAGAUCUAUAACAAUACCGAUUGUAAGGGCAAGUUUGAUGUUGGUUCCUACAAGAAUGGGUCAUGUGUAUUGGCAGACUUUGCAUCGGAUCUACCUACUCAAUGGGCUAUCAUGUACAUCUCUGAGAGUCCUGUACCAACACCAAUCACCACCAAUAGCACCUUUAUCACAUCGUACUAUACCGACGACAAGUGUACCAAUCUCCAAUACUACUAUUACUUUGUCACUGGAUUCCAAUACACUUACAUGGACUAUAACCUCACCUUUAGUUGUGACUCUUCUCAAUCACCAGUCGAAAGUAUCUGUACUUCUGGAUGUACCGGUGAAAAGUGUUGUACCAGUAAACAAUAUCCAACUACAUGUUCCCAAGAAACUACUUUUACUUCUGCUUGGGAAACAUCGAUCAGCUCAAUUCAAAAGUCAGUUGACUUGAAUGAACCAACAACAACAGGAACAAAAAGACUCUACCUCUACCCAUCUACAAUACCAUCAAAAGACAAGAGGAACAUAGAAGAAUGGAAUACCAACAACAACAAGAUCUGGCUGGCUAGUUGUAGAUACCGAAUGUCUGCAAUCAAUAUUGCUAGUAAAAUAUCACCUAGAGUAGGUAGUAGUAUAUUAUGGAGUAGUUUGAUUGAUAUUUUCUCACAUGACACAUCUGUAAAUAGUGGUUGUUUGACGACUAGUUCAUUUUCUAGAAUGGCAGAGGAUCAAUCUGCGAUCCCUCUACAAAAUUUAAAUAAUGAAGAUGGAGCUGGAAAUCAAAAUCAAAAUGGAAAUCAGAAUCAAAUGUCAUUUAUUGUAAAAGAUUCACCAGUAGUAGUUGGACAAAAUAGUAAUAGUAGUAUAACAUCACCAACCACAACAAUACAAGGAGAUCAAUUAUUUUUACCGGCAAUUUCCAACAAUGCUGCCUCUACAAAUAAUUCAACACAAGGAUUAUUAUCGGGAACACAACAAGGACAAGCAUCGAAUAGUAUAAAUAUAAAUAGUAGUAUGAGUAGUAUGAGGAAUGGAUUAUACUAUGACACCAAUGAUUCACUUCACUCUGCAGUACAAAAUAGCAACAUAUCGUCGUCGACACCCUAUCUAGACUACUCGACCAAGACAUCGGUCGAUGAGAUGGUUCACUUUUUACCACCACCUCCAACCCAUACUGUUCCAGUAUUCAAACAAUAUUGGACGUAUCCUGUUGCCUCCAGCAUACACCAUCAUCAUGAAGUUUUUAUUCGUAAUCCCGUCUCUGUCGCAUCCAUUGUCUUUUCCAAACUGGGUCUACAUAUUUUCAUGUCACUCUUUAUGGUGUUCCCUUCAAUUGAACGGUUCGCCGUAUCAUUGAUCCCAUCCAAACUUUUGGCAUGGGCAGAACGGUUCCAAAGUGACGACAAAAACGAUGACUAUGAUGAAGACGAAAAGAUCUCUGAAAAGAAUGAGUUUGACAAGAUGUACUUGGAAAAAGACAACUCUUAUUGCAAGUUGCAUUCUAGUGCUACUGACCUUUGGUUCUCAAUGUUUUCCGAUCUUUUGGCUGUCAUCAUGUCGUUUACCGUCUAUACACUAGUUGCCUAUUCUGUCAUUUGGCUCAUCCUCAACUACAUCAUCAAACCAUUGGAUCUCAAAAAGGUCAUUGAUCUCGUCUCUGUCAAUUGGUUCCCUCUCAACCACUUUUACAUUAGUUGUAUCAACAUGGUCAUGGCUUAUGUAAUCGUUGUUGUAGCUCUUAUGCCUGAUUUGUUUUAUAUUCCAGGUUUUGACCUUUGGUCAAGUACUGUCAGUUAG